AUGGAAGCAGGGACCUUAAACACAUAUCGCUUAAUUAUUAUUAUUAUUAUUAUUAUUAUUAUUAUUAUUAUUAUUAUUAUUAUUAUUAUUAUUAUUAUUAUUAUAUUUAUUAUUAUUAUUAUUAUUAUUAUUAUUAUUAUUAUUAUUAUUAUUAUUAUUAUUAUUUAUUAUUAUUAUUAUUAUUAUUAUUAUUAUUAUUAUUAUUAUUAUUAUUAUUAUUAUUAUUAUUAUUAUUAUUAUUAUUAUUAUUAUUAUUAUUAUUAUUAUUAUUAUUAUUAUUAUUAUUAUUAUUAUUAUUUAUUAUUAUUAUUAUUAUUAUUAUUAUUAUUAUUAUUAUUAUUAUUAUUAUUAUUAUUAUUAUUAUUAUUAUUAUUAUUAUUAUUAUUAUUAUUAUUAUUAUUAUUAUAUUAUUAUUAUUAUUAUUAUUAUUAUUAUUAUUAUUAUUAUUAUUAUUAUUAUUAUUAUUAUUAUUAUUAUUAUUAUUAUUAUUAUUAUUAUUAUUAUUAUUAUUAUUAUUAUUAUUAUUAUUAUUAUUAUUAUUAUUAUUAUUAUAUUAUUAUUAUUAUUAUUAUAUUAUUAUUAUUAUUAUUAUUAUUAUUAUUAUUAUUAUUAUUAUUAUUAUUAUUAUUAUUAUUAUUAUUAUUAUUAUUAUUAUUAUUAUUAUUAUUAUUAUUAUUAUUAUUAUUAUUAUUAUUAUUAUUAUUAUUAUUAUUAUUUAUUAUUAUUAUUAUUAUUAUUAUUAUUAUUAUUAUUAUUAUUAUUAUUAUUAUAUAUUAUUAUUAUUAUUAUUAUUAUUAUUAUUAUUAUUAUUAUUAUUAUUAUUAUUAUUAUUAUUAUUAUUAUUAUUAUUAUUAUUAUUAUUAUUAUUAUUAUUAUUAUUAUUAUUUAUUAUUAUUAUUAUUAUUAUUAUUAUUAUUAUUAUUAUUAUUAUUAUUAUUAUUAUUAUUAUUAUUAUUAUUAUUAUAUUAUUAUUAUUAUUAUUAUUAUUAUUAUUAUUAUUAUUAUUAUUAUUAUUAUUUUAUUAUUAUUAUUAUUAUUUUAUUAUUAUUAUUAUUAUUAUUAUUAUUAUUAAUAAAGGCUCACAUUUGGAACUAUUUUGGGCUAGGCUUGAAAUAUUGUUUUCAAAAAAAAUGCAACCGUCGCAUGUUUGCCAUACAAAAUCGUUUUUUGGCAAGCUCGUAA